AGUUCUGUGAGCACCUGUAAUACAACGAACAUCCCGCGGCCUGCCAUCACCCCCGGUCCUGCGAACACCCUGGGUACUGCGAGAACCUCCAUCCUGACAGCACCUACCCCUGAUCUACAAGCACCCCUAAGCUUCAGGUGUUUUUAACUAGCUGAGCAACACAAUGGAAGGUGCAGCAAAAGCAAAUAAAAAGGAUAUUCAGAGUGGAUCCUCCAAAGAAGUCAAACUACCCAUCAGUGAAGCAUUUCUGGACUAUUACUGUCAAAUAAAGGAAAAUGCAGUGGAGCGAUUCAUGGUUCAAGUGAGGAGACUUAGGGAAAAGAACCAAAAGUAUCAGGAAAGAAACAAACGCUUAAAGGAUGAGCAGGUCUGGCACAUAAGGAACCUGUUGAAGGAGCUGAGUGCAGACAAGCAGGAGGGUCAGGCGGUUAUCACGAGAGAAGAAGUCGAAAAUGCGAUGAAGGAAAAAUGGAAGUUUGAAAGAGAUCAGAAUCAGAACCUGAAAGACAUGCGCAUGCAAAUAACUAAUGCUGAGAAGAUGUUUUUUGAGAAGCUCAGUGAGAAGGAAUAUUGGGAAGAGUACAAGAACAGAGGGUGUGAGAAGCACGCAAAACUUAUCACCUCCUUGCAAAAUGACAUCGAGACAGUUAAAGAGAAUGCGGAGAAAAUGACAGGACAGUAUAAGCUCACGCUGGAAGAUACAAGAAAGAGAAUAAUUAAAGAGACUUUGUUACAACUGGACCAGAAGAAGGAAUGGGCCACAAAGAAUGCUGUGCGGUUGAUUGACAGGGGUAGCUACCGUGAAAUCUGGGAGAAUGACUGGCUGAAAAAAGAGAUUGCAGUUCACAGGAAGGAAGUGGAAGAGCUAGAGCAUUCUAUUCACGAGCUGGAGAAAGAAAAUCUGGUGCUGAUUGAGCAACUCUUCAACUGCAGACUCGAGGACCUCAAGAUACCCAGGCAAAUCUAUCUGGCCCAAGCUGCUGGGCUGCACAAGAAGCCUGAAAAAGUGCAUCUGGAGCCAUCCCAGACUUAUCUAGCAGAGCACUGUAAGCUGCAGCCUGCUGAUGGCAGGAGCGUAGACUCGUCAAGCUGGUCACUGGACAGCAGUGUCCAAGACAUUGUCCCCAGGGAGCUCGUCAUCAGAGAGAACUCAAGACUGAAACAGGAAGCUCCAAGCCAAGGAAGCUCCUUCAAGGAGCUGGGCUUCUCAGAUGUCAAGCUCCUAUUGUAUGAGGAUGAGCAAGACUUCAAGGACUAUAUGAACCUUGGGCCCCUGGCAGUGAAAUUCAUGAGUGUGGCGAGCCAGAAAAUGCCCAUUCACAUCCAAGAACUGGAGAGCCCUGUCAAGUAUCAUGAAGAUACCAACAGCCCAGAAAGCCACAUCACCUAUAAGAUCAUGAAGUCCUUCCUCUAGGACUGGAGGCUGGAGGGGGGAUGGUGGGCAUCAGCGGUCCACUGUAUGAACAUGCUGGUCCAUUUUUAAA